GGCGGGAUUCCGCUGCGGGUGACGCGCGCCCUCACCUGGGAAACGGAGAACUCUUGAAUCCAACAUGGCGAGGCUGAGCGACAAUGGGAUUCGGUUGAGUGCGUUGAGCCCCACCUACUUGGACACCAACUCGACCAGUCACACCUGGCCCUUCAGCGCUGUCGCCGAGCUCGUAGAUAAUGCAUGCGAUCCAGGAGUGUGUGCCAAACAAAUGUGGAUUGACGUGACUGAGAUUAAAAAUGAGCUCUGCCUGACCUUCACUGAUAAUGGGAAUGGAAUGACUCCAAUUAACCUUCACAAAAUGUUGAGCUUUGGCUUUACCUCCAAAACUGGGACAAGAAAACACUUGCCGAUAGGAAUGUAUGGGAACGGAUUUAAAUCUGGCUCCAUGCGGCUUGGAAAGGAUGCUAUAGUCUUCACCAAGAAUGGUGGAGCUUUAAGUGUGGGCCUCCUGUCACAGAGCUACCUGGAAAAGAUCAAAGCACAAGCAGUCAUCGUCCCCAUCGUGCCUUUUAACCAACAGAAUAAGAACAUGAUAAUUACUGAGGACUCCAAGCCCAGUCUGGCAGCCAUCCUGCAAUAUUCACUCUUCAAAACACAGGAGGAGCUCUUCGAGGAAUUUGAUACAAUCACCAGCAAGAAAGGAACUCGGAUUAUUAUCUGGAACAUCAGAAGGAACAAAGAUGGAAAACCCGAACUGGACUUUGAAACGGACCCGUUCGACAUCCGAAUCCCAGAUAUCGGCUCUGAGGAAAGUUCGGUAAAUCAGGGGAAGAAAACCUCCCUCCGGCCUGAAAGACUCGACCAACAGAUUCCUGAAAGCGACUACUCACUAAGGGCUUAUUGCAGCAUCUUGUACCUGAAACCUCGCAUGCAGAUCGUCCUGUGUAAAAAGAAAGUCAAGACCCAGCUCAUCACCAAGAGUCUGGCUCACAUUGAACAUGAUGUUUACAAGCCGAGUUUCAGCAAUAAACGUGUAAGAAUAACCUUUGGUUUUAACUGCAAAAAUAAGGAGCACUGCGGAAUAAUGAUGUACCACAGAAACCGGCUCAUGAAAUCCUAUGAGAAAGUGGGAUGUCAGAAUAAGUCAACAAGCAGGGCAUGUGGAAUUGGUGUAAUUGGAGUUAUCGAAUGCAAUUUCCUCAAACCAGCACAUAAUAAGCAAAAUUUUGAUUACACGAAAGAGUACAGAUUGACGCUACAGGCAUUAGGACAGAAGCUCAAUGACUACUGCAAAGAAAAGAAGGCCAAAGAGGCUGACAGCACAGGGAUGAUAGAUGAGCCACGAAGCUCCCCUGACCAGCCCUGGGUGCAGUGCGAGACAUGCAUGAAAUGGCGCAAGUUGCCACCUGAAGUUGAUCCCGAUUCAUUGCCAGAAAACUGGUACUGUAAUAUGAACCCUGACUCCAAAUUCAGAGAUUGUUCCAUUCCAGAAGAGCCGGAGGAGAAUGACGACGAGAUUACACCCAGUUAUGAAAAAACAUUUAAAAAGCAAGAUCAAAACCUCGAGAAGAAGAGAAGGAAGUCUCUGGAUCCAGAGAAACUUAUGUUGGAGGCCCACUCAUCCGGGCAGAGGAACUCUCAGUGGGCGUCUGCCGGACAGAGGAGGCGUGGCUCAGAACCCGGAGAGAGCGAGUGGGAGGAAGAUGGAGGGGGGACACGAUCUCGCUCCACCAGCAUCAGCACCACAUCAGGGUAUUCCGACAGCGUGAAUGAAGAACGAGUCGUCUCCUCCAGCCUCAGACUCAGAAGUAAUAAACGGAAGCCGAGUUCAGAAAAUAACAGUGUUAAACAAAAGUGGCCUAAGGAGACUGCAAAGGAAGACCCUUCAGAACAACCUGAUACUGUGGUGCCAAAGGAGGACGAAAUGCUUUUGACCGAAGAGAGACUAGCUGACAGCAGCGCUGAUGAACUGAUUAUUAUUGAUGGUGACGACGCACCAGAUAUGACACAGAAAGUUAUUCAGACAAUCGUCAAGCAGGAGCCCGAGACUGAGGCAGUGGAGCCACCCAGGCUGCCUGAGCAGGGUUGUAACACUGAAUUGGUUAAGGAGAACAGCUCCGACUCCAAAGGACCAUAUGGUCAUAUUCCGGUGGAGGAAUUGCAGAUUUCACAAGGAACACAGUUCAUCAGGAAAAUUGAAAAAAGUGACAAUCUCUUCAGAGAUCCCAAUUGCUCGCACCUUGGCCAAGUAGCUCACGGAGAGGCUCUGGUGCAAAAUGUACCUGAGAUCGAUCUGGAUUCAACCAAAAAAUAUGCUGCAGCCACCGUGCACUUUCUAGAUAACCAGCUGGACCGCUUGAGGAACUUGUUAGAUGAAACAGCCAAAGAGAGAGAAUGUUUUCGAAACCAGAACGAGGCAAUGCUCAUCACUAUACAGCGGAUGGAGAAGCAGCUCGUCGAGUACCAGCAGAAACCCAAUCAGGAGGAGCUGGACGAGAAGGGGUUGGAGUGCGGCAGUACGGAAGUUGUGGAGGACAUCAGAGCGGGAGACCCCAGCCUGGAGGAGAUGAAGAUGCAUUGCCAGAACAUGGAGCAGGAGAGGGACACCCUGACCCAACAACUACAAGAUGCAGUGAAAAGACUAGAGAGCUGCUCAUUGGAGAAGGAUCAGUUGAAAGGACAGCUCAGUGAAUUAGAGCAGGAAAGAGAGCAACUCCGAUCGGAUUAUGAGAAGAUGAAGCAGGAUGUGAAGACCAGCACAAAGAGAGGGGAAGACUUUUACUGGACCAAAAAAGCAGCUGCUGCAUAUAGGUACUCUGAGCUGGAACUGAUGCGGAAUGAGAUCGGAAAACUGAAAGGAGAGAAGUUGAGCCUGGAGGAGAAGCUAAACGAGGCACAGCAGUGGAUCGCACUACAGAAGGAAGCUCGGGUACCCUCCACCAGCCAGGAAUGUGUGCAGGUUAACAGUGCGCUGGCAAAGCUGAAAUCCCUGCGAAUAAAUUUGGGACAUCUACUGGCCUGCGUCCUCCCUCACCUGGACUUAAGGGACAUCAACUACGAGACGAACUCAAUCGAUGACAUCUUGGAAAAAGUCAUUGAAGAAAACAAACUUUGAGCACGGUGUUUUUUUUUACAAAACAAUAACAACACGGCAGGAAAAAGGAAAGAACCGUACGUGGCUUGUGUUUGAGAUGCACAUAGUCCAAGAGAGAGCAACGAAUGACAGUAAUGUACAGGGAGUGUUGACACACUUCACACCACCGGCCACUACUGAAAGGAGCAUGCACUUAUUGAUUUAGUAACCAUGGAUUUUAAUGGAGAUCAUGAGAGCUGCCAGCCAUUGGUGAAGAUUGCUGCUCUAAUAUCUUCUUUCAUUUUUUUCUGCCGUUUUGUUAUUGUUCCAGUGAAUAUGCUAACGCAAAACCCAUUUUCACAACCCCCCCCCCACCCCAACCCCCUCUUCCUUGCAAAGCAUUAAUACAGAAGGCAAGAAUUUCAGAGAACUUUUCUGAAGACUUGAGCUUACUCUAUAGAUAGGGAAAAGCGAAAUUGAGAUUUUAUUUACUAAUUCUGUUGUGUAAAUAACUGAAAGCCAUAGAUAAUGUGCCGGCAAAAACAGACAUUUGACUUCUAUUGUGGUUAAUUGUGGUUAAUGUUCCCAGCCAACAAGUUACCACAGAGUUGGUGUGGUGAGGGUAAUGUUGAAUGUAUGCUAUUGAUCUAUAUGCUAUAGAUCCAGGUUCAUUUGUACUGCUCAAUGCAUUCCAGCAAUGACCGAUUUCAGAAGCCUGGACAAAAUGGUAUUGUCUAGAGCUUGUUACUGGGCCAUGCAGACCAGAAUGGCUUCCAUAGAGGGCAUUGCAUAGGCAACCUGAUAACCGUGCACAUGCCACUGAAAUCACCAACCUACCCCCUACCCUCCCCAUCCUCCACUCCUGAUCACAACCACCUGCACGGGUGCAGAUUCCUGACUGUCCAGGGCCUUGGGAUGUCGUCCUGACGUGAAAA